AUGAAAAUAGCAAAGAAGCGCCCACCAACAGCGACAAAUUUAGGUCUCUUUUUGACAUAUUUAACGUCCGCGAUAGUCUGCAUCAUGUGCUUAUCCAAUUCUUCGUCAAAAUGUCGCUCUUCGGCAGCAGACGACGAUGUCGCAUCGAAGCAGCUGUGGCACUCAUCCAGUGUUGUCGAAUCACUGGAAUUUUUCGAAAUUUCUGCAUUCAGCGAAAAAUUGUGA